AUGGAAGCCGACUGGAGGAGAAUUGACAUCGAUGCAUUUGACCCGGAGAGCGGUAGGCUGACCGCUGCUGACCUGGUACCACCAUAUGAAGUGACUGUCACAUCACAAGAAUUACAACCCCGAAUGAAUCAAUUGCGUUCGCUGGCCGCAAGCGGAGACUCUGUGGGAGCCGUUCAAUUGCUCACAACCGAUCCUCCAUACAGUGCGGAUGCUGCAACAAAGGAACAGUAUCUUGGGAGUGUGCUUGAAGCAUUGACACAAGUCAGACAAGCCGAUAUUGGUAAUGUGAUCAAGACUUUGAGCGAUUCGCAGAAGGACGUACUGGUGAAGUACCUAUAUAAGGGUAUGUCUAUACCCCAGGGCCAGAAACAAGGGGGGAUCCUACUUGCUUGGUUGGAAAAAAUUACCCAAGUCAGUGGCGUCACACCUAUUGUUCACUAUAUAUCGGAUAGAAGAACCGUAUGA